AAACGCAUCUGCAAAUGUCCUCAAACCCCCAGAGGAUGAAACGCCGAUUUGCUCAUUGGAAGGCAUGUCUGUUCCAGAAAUUUAGAAAGCUUGAUUAUGAUGGUCAGUCGCAAUAUCUGUCGCAAAUCAUAUCCCUCCAAGAACCAAAACUUAGGAAAGUUGAGGAAAAUAUAUCUGGUGGACAUUACACUGUAAAGUACAGUAUUAAUGGCAUUCAAUAUCGUGGAGCCAAUAACUACUUAUGGGGCUGGAAGCUUACAUCAAAAAUAGAAAACCAGCUUAAUGCAGUUGAAACGGACGUCCUGCGCCGUUCGUGUAGACUAUCUAGGUUGGACCAUAUCCGAAACGAUAUGAUCAGAGAAAGGACGUGUACACAAGAUACCAUUGUAAAUAGAGUAGAAAGAAGACAACUAGUACGGUACGGCCAUGUCAUGAGGAUGGCUGAUGAAAGAUGGCCUAAGAAGAUGGUGUCUUAUAUCCCAUCGAAUAGAAGGAAGAGAGGUAGGCCAAAAACAUCGUGGAGGAAAGGGAUAGAAGAAGCCACGAGGAAAAGGGAAAUGAAUGAAGGAGAUUGGGAAAACAGAAGAGAAUGGCGAUUGAUGUGCGAGAAGUGGUAG